CUCAACUCGUCACCACUGCCCUGGUAGGCAGUCAGUCCACUCAACAAGUUGCAGGUGUCUUCGCUGCACUGUUUGACCACUAAGGUUUGAGGAGAAGGCAUAAAAUGAUCGAAGAAAUAUAUGGAUACAAACACAUGAAUGCUCUACCACCAACAGAAAGUUUUUGUUUGAGGAUUCUAGAGGACCUUGUCUAACCAACUACAGAGAAUACUUAUGGACUUUUGGAGGGUUUUUUUGUGUCACAUUUAAAUUCAAAAAUGGGCUGUUCUCCAUCCAAAGGGAAGUUAUUUUCAAAGCCAGAAGGACCUGGACUUCAAAAAGCUCUACUAGUUGAACCCUCAAAGGACAGUGUGAAUUCUAGACCUGCAGAGGAGGUGAACUCAUGUUUGAGGACCAAAGAGGAAGAUAAUGAACUUCCACUACCCACUGAAGAACAUUCUACAAAAAAUACAGCAGGGUGUCAGUUGGCCUCUGACACAUCUGUCCAAAAUAUACUGGACACUAAAGAAGCAGAGGUGAAUGUGACUCACCAAGAGGUAGAACAAAAAGACAAGAGCAAAGGGAAGAAAAAUAAAGGUAAUAGCAGAACUACUGAAAAGCAGAGGAUGCCCUCUAUUCUCCAGAAAAAGAUGGAUUUCCCCCCACCCAUGGUGAGGGCUCACCAAGCAGCAUAUGCCUUCCUGAACCAAAAUAUCUCCAAAUAUGAGACCCUGUUAGGCCUGCUGGACCAGGCUGCCCAGACACAGUUGUCUCUCCAGCCCAUGAUAUCUGCUGUGAUGUUGCGAUUUGAGGAGAUCAACCAGGCACUAGAGGAGAUGGCUGAGGAGGGGGAAUUGAUGUGGAAGGAACAUGGGGACUACAUGGCCAUGCCUUCUGGGAUGAUGACCCCCCCUGUUAUGUCAGUUAAACCUGGCACUGAUGCAGCCAACUCUCCUGAUCCACCUCCAAAUCUAUUACAACAACUGCUCCAUCAUUCAACCGAGAAAAUUAGGCUUGUGGGGGGCUCAGUCCAGGCAAUGGGUGAUACCACACUGGACCAGGCAGUGGAAUAUUUUUCUUCUAUUUCUAAACUGAUGGUUGAGAAGCUCCAGGCCAAGCAGGACGCAGAACAAAGGUUGACUCAUGUGUUGGCACAAGUAGAGGUAGCUGCCAUGGGGAAGUCUCACCCUGAGGACUCCACACUGCACAGUGAGGACAGCGGCAUUGGGGGAGAGAAUGAGAGUCUGCUAGGGUUUGAUAGGCACCACAGCUUCCAUGGAAGUAUAUCUAGCCAAGUAGCCCGAAAUAAAGAUGGUGAUAGGCUAAAAAGGAAGAGGUCAAACUCAUCACCUUCAAAUCUCAGUCAACCACUUCUCUACAUGCAUGCAAAAAACAUGCAGGAUAGACAGCCAGCAGUUACACAACCAAUGACUGCUAUCUCUUUAAACAAGUCUGAACACUCCACCAUAUGUGUCAACAUAAUGAUGGAGCUACAAAAGAGCCAGAAAGACUUGGAUCAGCGAAUGAAAAAGAUGGCUAUAAUUGAAGGAAAGAAAGUGUUGGUUGGGCCUCCCUAUAAUCUGUACAGAGCUGGACUGAGACGACAUUCAUUAAGCGCAUCAGCGGGUGCAGAAAAGGGAAGAAUAAUUAAAUCACCUUGUUGCUUACCAAUGUUAGCACCCCAACCUCCGAAGCACCAUUCUGUCAGAAGGCUAAUAAAUACCUUUAGCCAAGGGGCUGAUGGGAAACCAGGGCAGAGCCUUGCAAAUGUUCCAUCUCAUAUCAGGAGGAACAGAAAACCUGGCAUUGUUCUGUUAACUGACACAGUAAAGAGUAACGACAGGUGUUUAGUCAUCAAUGGCAACAAUAACAACAACAGCUGGCCUGAUGACAGGGAUGAUUUGGAUGUGGACAACCUACCACCUCCGCCCCCAGAGGUUCUGCUGGACAACUCCUUCCAGAGUACUGAAAGCAUACCAAGUAAUGUGGAAGGGUUGCUGGCAGACUUGGUUCAGAGUCCCCCAAUGAUAAACCAAAAGACUGGAGUCUCCCAGCGCUUGAAGGCGUCUGUGCACAAUGUGGAAGUACUGCCAAACCGAGACAAUUUGAGGCACAAAUUGACCAGUGUCUUGCCUGCCCAUCCUGUCAAGAAGGAUGCUAUUAUAUCAGCUCAAGAUGAAGAGCAGCAACCAGAAAAUGAUCUUGAAGCGGCAAUGGAGAACGCUAACUGGUUCUAUGAACAAUCCUGCAAGAUCAAACACCUGUUCAAUGCAGCAGAAUCUCCUGACAAGAUAAAUAUUGUAGAACUGAGAAGUCAAGGACCUCCACCCCAUCAAGCCACAAUGGGCCAGAGGUGUGAAAGCAAAGAAUAUUGUGAGGGUGAGAUUUUCUCUUGUAGCCUGCCUGUGACCGCACCACCUGUCUCUAGAGUCCGCCUACCACCAUAUUGUCCCUCUGUCCACCACAGAUUUCCAAGCCCUCCUGUGUUUAGACCUCUAACCACCUCUAAGCCCUCUUCUCGCCCAAGUUCUCCAAGAACUGUGACACGUGCCAACGACAGCAACACUAAAAAGAUCAUUCCAUCUGUAUCCUUCAAUGAUGCUCGUUUGGUCUUCUGUCAAAGUGAGUCACAAAACUCUCAGACAUGCUUGUCAUUGGAAAGUUCUGUGCCUCCCAUACCUUGGGGAGAGGUCUCCCGUGGCAGGAUACCCACACGAGAGAAAGACAACUCUACCCGCCGCACCCAAUCAGAGCAGAGGCCUAAUUUGACUUCUCAUUCAAAUUUUUCCGAAGAUGGUAGUUCAGCCCCUGCUCAGGAAAACGGGAGUGAGCCUGAUUCUACAAAAUAUAGGCUGAUGACGGGAAAUGAUGCCCAGUUGGACCUAAGUGUGCUGUGACAACAGCCUAGAGCCCCGCUGUGAUUGGCCAGGGUUUCUAAAGAGAAAUAUCAUGUGGGAAGAGAAUGGAGAAGGGGAUUAUGGAUGAGCGGGGUAGUCAAAUUUAGCCACUGUCUCCUUUCCUUCUUUUCAUAAUAAAAUAGGUUUGUUCCAACUUUGGUUUAAGAUUUUUACGAUAUUGUAUUAAUUAAAGCAGUAUAUAAGGGAAGGAGCAUUAUUCUUUGAUUGAUUAGCAGGAUUUCUUUGUGUCCUUUUUUAGAAGCAUAUCUAGUCUAUAUUGAAUGUUAGAUCUCUACAUUUGAUUAGUUUGAAGUUAAAGAUACACAAACAAAUUCUGCUCUAGCAUCCCAUUGCAACCCCAAAUGUAUUUUUUAAAUAACAUACCUGUCAUAUGUACUUCUUCAUAUCUGUGUAAUCACAUUUUCUACUUUUAUUUUGUUCUGAUACGAGUGAAUAUCUGUCCAAAGCCAGUCUUAUCAUUUUCUUGUUCUUUUUAUUUAUUUAUUGGGGGUGGGGUGGGGGGUUGAUUCUGUUCUAACAAAAUGAUAAAACAGUAGCUGAGAACACUUCUAGUGAUGGAUUUCUAACAAAACGCAGGAAUGGCUUACCUAACAGCUGAGGACUGAGAAAGCUGUUAUCUGGUGAAUAUAAAUCAGGAAAUUAAGUUUCUAGACAGUAAAGCUACCUUUCUGGAUAGCUCAGUUCUUGACACAUUAGAGUCCUUGGUCAAAGUAGUAAUUGUAAUAAAGAUGAUUUAAAAAUCG